AUGAAUUUGGACAACAUAUACUCAGUUGAAGUGGAAGGCAUUCGGAUUCCCGCUUUUUUUUCUAAAGAAUGUUUUAGUUCGGCAUUGAGAUUUGAGCCAAAACCUGGAGACAUCAUAAUCGCAACUUAUCCAAAGUGCGGAACCACUUGGAUGCAGAAUUUGGUUUUGAAUAUCUUAAGGAAAGCAAAACCAUUAGACCAUCCGCGUGACUUUUUCCUGGCAAGUCCAUUUCUAGAUCAACUGGGAGGAGAAGAUUCCGAGAAGAUGAUGAUCCGGCCAGGAACAUAUAAAACCCAUCUGCCUUUUCACAAGGUCCCAUGGUUAGAAGAAGCAAAAUACAUUUACGUUGCUAGGAAUCCGAAAGAUUGCUGUGUUUCUUUUUAUUACCACAUGCGAGAUAUUCCUGGCUACCAAUUUUCGGACAACACUUUUAACGACUUUUUAAACUUGUUCCUCAGAGGACAACUGGAAUUUAACGACUACUUUGGACACUUGCUCUCUUGGUACAACAACAGAAAUAAGUCGAACGUCUUCUUCACUACCUAUGAACACAUGCAGAAAGAUCUCAGAACAGUUGCCGUGGAUGUUGCGACAUUCUUAGGCGGCGAUUAUGCGAAUUUUUUGUCAGAAAAUCCUGAAGAUUUUGCCGAUAUCUUGCACAGGUGCAGUUUCGAGGAAAUGAAGAAGUUCAUCGAUGAGGGUUUGUCAUUUCUCUAUAACAUUCCGGAAAACUUGCUAGAUGAACUCAACGUACCGAAGGGCAGGAAACAUAUCAUACGUUACAAUGCUUCACUUCCGAAAAGGAAAACUGUGAAGCUGAACUUCAUUAGAGCUGGGAAAAUUCAAAAUUCUAAUCGUAUAAGAAUGGAUGAACCUUUCACGUCAAUGGAAGAUGUGACCUAA